AUGGAGUAUGUAGAUGUUCCUCUCUAUGCUACAAUCGGUGAUCUGAAGAUAGCAGUGCAGAAUGCAUUUCGUGACACCUACUGUGUGCUGGAGACGUUGCGAGUGACUGAGAUUUUAGAGCUGGAAGGAGUGGAAGAUGAGGAAGUUCUAUUUGGCUUCGUUGAGUCAGGUAUGGAGCUCCGUGUGAAGGGCUGUGGAUUGGAUCUGGAAGUUAAAUUGAAGACCUUACUUAACUACCAGAACUUUAAGGAAAGAAAGCCACCCGUAGUUGCAUCAGAAAGAAGAAGACAUCUAGCAGCUAGGAAGAGGACGAUUGAUUUGUAUCAUGCCACUAGCUCAAGCAAGUCCCACACCACAGCUUCAUGUGCAGCCUUUCUCUUAUUAUUAUUAUAA